CUGACGGCCUUUCACUGCGGCAGACGAGAGGUCUGCUCGGUAAACGGCACGAGGGCCUGGCUGCUCACCCGGCCCUCGGCGCCACGGGAACACGCUCCGUCUGUGCGCGGCCCGUGCUGCCGAGGCGCGGCCUGCGGGCGUGCUUGUCUGGGAGCGCGGGGUGUGCGGCGCGUGUCCCGUGUGCAGAGCGGUGAUGUGCUUCUCCUGAACCUUUCAGAAGAUGACAAAAUCCCCAAGAUGUUCCGGAGAGCCCUGGCGCAGCUGUCUCUGAACAGCAUGAAGGCCGCCAACAUCUGCAUCGGUCGCCCCGUGCUGCUCACGGCGGCGGGAGGAAGGCAGGAGGUCUGCACUGCCUGGCCCACUCCAGGCUUCCCAGGUGGGAAGAUUGGGCUGAGUGACACCACACAGAAGAGCCUGAGAGUCACUGUGGGUGAUGCUGUCACCGUGCAGCCCGUGACUGGUGCGGUCAUCCAAGCAGAGGAAGUUGCUGUGAAGAUGAGGGACAAAGAUGCCUGUAUUAAUUCUGAGGAAAUGUCUGUCUGUCUGCUGAGAAACUUAGAUGGGAAAGUUGUUUUACCAGAAAAUCUCCUGGCAUUCAGUUUCUAUGGCAAACUGUGUAACGUGGUGGUGAUGAAGGUGAAGGGGACUGACAGUCUGGAGCUGCACGCCCAGGCUGGUGCCAUUUCCAGCGAGGUGUGUGAGCCAGACCUGGAGAAAUCUGACUUGGAGAUGAGUGCGCUGGAUUUGUCCUCACAGCUCAGCAGGUUGGACAUUGAUGAAGAUCCAGAGGCUGCAUCUGCAAGCACUCCAUGCAAACCGGUGUGUCUGGUUUCACCAGUUACACCCAGUUCUGCUGCGGCAGCCGCUGGUCAAGGUUCUCAGGGAGAUGAAGCCUACGGCAGGGAGGGUGCUGCAGACCUGGCUGCUGGUUUGGAGCUGCCCAGGAAAGGAGGCGGUGAGGGGCUUCCAUCAGCUGCCAAACCUGGAGCAUUCAGCAGCACAGACACUUUUUACUACAUUUCUUCAAGAACUAGAAUCAGUUUUAUAGAUACGAGGACGAACGUAGCAGAAGAUAGUGACCACGGACCCCAAGUUACCUAUGACAUGAUAGGAGGUUUAAGCAGCCAGCUCAGAACUAUUAGAGAAAUGGUUGAACUGCCCCUCAAGCAAGCUGAACUGUUCAAGAGUUACGGAAUCUCACCUCCUAGAGGAGUGCUGUUGUAUGGCCCUCCAGGUACUGGGAAGACUCUCAUUGCCAAAGCCAUCGCAAAUGAGGUUGGCGCUCAUGUAACUGUUAUUAAUGGUCCUGAAAUAAUAAGCAAGUUUUAUGGAGAAUCUGAAUCAAGACUACGUCAGAUAUUUGCCGAAGCUUCUUUACGUCGUCCUUCUAUUAUAUUUAUAGAUGAAUUGGAUGCACUCUGUCCAAAGAGAGAAGGGGCUCAGAAUGAAGUAGAAAAGAGAAUUGUAGCCUCCUUGCUGACAUUAAUGGAUGGCAUUGGCUCUGAAGGCAGUGAAGGGCAGCUCGUGGUACUAGGGGCCACCAAUCGUCCUCAUGUGCUAGAUGCAGCACUGCGCAGACCCGGCCGUUUUGAUAAAGAAAUAGAAAUAGGAAUUCCUAACGCCCAGGACCGCCUGGACAUAUUACAGAAGCUUCUGAAGAAAGUUCCCCAUUCUCUCACAGCAGCAGAAAUGAUGCAACUGGCUGAUAGCGCGCAUGGUUAUGUGGGUGCUGACUUAGCAGCCUUGUGCAAGGAAGCAGGUCUGUAUGCGCUGCGGAGAGCUCUGGGGAAGAGAGCUCACCCCUCAGACACCGAGGUGGCUGGGUCAGUGAUGAUUGCUUUCAAUGACUUCCUGCAGGGGAUGAAGGAUGUCAGGCCCAGCGCCAUGAGGGAGGUGGCAGUCGAUGUGCCAAAAAUAUCUUGGUCCGACAUAGGAGGAUUAGAAGAUGUCAAGCUGAAAUUGAAGCAGGCAGUUGAAUGGCCUCUCAAGCAUCCCGACUCCUUCAUCCGAAUGGGGAUUCAGCCUCCAAAAGGUGUGCUGCUUUAUGGACCUCCUGGAUGCUCAAAAACAAUGAUAGCGAAAGCUUUGGCUCAUGAAAGUGGCCUCAACUUCUUGGCAGUGAAGGGACCUGAACUGAUGAAUAAAUAUGUUGGUGAGUCAGAACGAGCAGUGAGAGAGAUCUUUAGGAAAGCCAGAAUGGUGUCUCCUUCAAUUCUUUUCUUUGAUGAAAUGGAUGCCUUGGCAGUUGAAAGGGGAAACUCUUCAGGUGCUGGAAAUGUAGCAGACCGUGUCUUGGCUCAGCUGUUGACGGAAAUGGAUGGGAUAGAGCAGCUGAAGGACGUGACAGUUUUGGCAGCUACAAACAGACCGGACAUGAUAGACAAGGCUUUGCUGAGACCAGGAAGAAUAGACAGAAUUAUCUAUGUGCCUUUGCCAGAUGCAGCCACUCGUGGGGAGAUCUUCAAACUUCAUUUUCGGUCCAUGCCAAUCAGUGAGGAAAUCUGCUUAGCAGAGCUUGUUCAGCACACCCACAAGUAUUCAGGAGCAGAGAUAACAGCAGUCUGUAGAGAAGCUGCCCUGCUAGCACUUCAAGAGGACAUCAAUGCCAAAUGUAUCUUGGGAAGGCACUUUCGGGAUGCAUUGAUGGUUGUGACACCAAGAAUUCCCGAUUCCUUAAUCCAGUUUUAUGCAGAUUAUCAGCAGCAAAGUGGACUGCAUGCGCUUUGAAAGGCAAACCAAUACAUAUGCCUGUUCAUGGUGUGAAUAGCAAAUUUCCUUUGUAAAGCUGACAAAAGCCAAAGAAUUUUGCAUUGUACAUGGAAUGUCCAACAUUAACUCAAAUGUGAAAUCAUCAUAAUAAAUGCCCAUGUGGAUUUUUUAAGUGUAACAGAAA